UAUUUCAUUUUGUUUUUACUUUUACAAAGAUUGUGAAAUUCAUCGUGCUUAUUUUUUAUUUAUUUCAUUCACCCAGGUUAUUUUGCUGAGGAAAUAUGGCUCUUUCAUCGCCUUGGGCUUUGCCCAAAAUUGAUACUGAAACUGUCAACUUGUCAAAAAUCAUGAAAUCUGAGAAAAUACAAAAGGAGAAAACAAGUAAACAAAUCAAAGAUGACUUUAAUUUAGCGAAGGAUUUAUCAGAGAAGCUUUCAGUCAAUGAGUCAUGGAAGCCAUUCACUGCUAAGAAAGGAAAAGAAACUGAAACAGAUGAAUAUGAAGCUUGUUGUAGUAAAAAUAUCAUCGAUUCAAUCACACUUCCCAAUGAAAGCAGUAGCUCAUUAGAAAAAUCAAAAGAAAAUGAUGAUCUUGCAAUAGCACAAUUGCUUCAAGCCGAGUACGACCUUGAAUUUGACGAAGAUCUCAAAAGAUUUGAACAAAGUCGAAACAAAAAUUCAAAAAUUUCAAUCUCACUGGCUAAAUAUCGAAUUUAUCCAGAUGAAUUACUUGACAAUGAUUCGGAUAAGGAAGAUGAGGAUUUAGUUGAAGAACGUAGAACAAAAAAUUGGGAUCGUUUCGAUUUGAAUCAAAAAGAAAUGUCAAAGAUAGGAAAAAGUGGAUAUGUUGAUUCAAAUGGAAAAAUUUUGACGAAACAUGAUGAGCAUUUGAGUGGUCGGAAAAAUGCAGGAAGAAUAAUGGAGCUUGAUACUGAUUUGCCAUCAGGAGAUUGUGGAAAUUUCGAUAUGAAAGUAUCAAAUAAAGUUUUCAAUCAACUUCGAGCUCAUUCAAAUUCAAUGGCAAAGAAAACAAAUCAAGCUCGAUUAGAUCGAAAACUUGACGUGAAAACAAAUGAAAUGGGUGUUGAUGUGAAAACACGCAUGAUUCUUUAUAAGCUUAUCAAUACAGUUUGUAUUCUCGAUAGCAUCGACGGAAUCAUUUCAACGGGUAAAGAAGCUGUCAUCUUACAUGGUGAAAGUAAUCAACACAAUCCUGACUAUCCUAAUCUUCCUAAAGAAGUGGCAAUAAAAAUUUUCUCCACCACCCUUAAUGAGUUUAAACAGCGUGAUCGAUACAUCAAAGACGAUUAUCGAUUCAAGGGAAGUUUAAAGCAAAAUAACAGAAAUAUCAUUCAAAUGUGGUGCGAAAAAGAAAUGCACAACUUGAGUCGAUUAAAAAAAGCUGGCAUCGCAUGUCCACAAGUUAUCAUAAUGAAGAAACAUGUUCUAGUGAUGUCAUACAUUGGAGAUAGUUAUGCAAACCCAGCUAAGAAGCUCAAGGAUGCAAUUUUAUCCAAAGGUGAACUUAUUUGUGCAUACCAUGAAGUUGUUGAAAUCAUGAAAUCAAUGUAUCAAAACGCUCGGCUUGUGCAUGCUGAUUUCUCUGAAUUUAAUAUUCUUUGGCAUAAUGGACAAUGUGUAGUUAUUGAUUUAGCACAAGCUGUGGAACCACUUCAUCCAGCAGCAAUGGAAUUUCUUAUGCGUGAUUGUGAUAACAUCACGAAAUUCUUUGAGAAACGAGGCGUUGCUGUGACGAGUAAAGAGGAUUUGUUUUUCGAAAUUACACAACUUGAUCCUCUAACCACAAAUGUGACAAUGUUGGAGAGAAUUCACAUGAAAGGCGAACCAUCACAUGUUAUUACUCGACCAGAUCAUCUCGAUGAUGUCACAAAAGAAAAAGUGCCAGAAAAGUUUCGUUUGAAAGAAUUUCCAUUCGAUUAUGCUUGGCAAAAAGUUGAAGAAUUGAAGGAAAAAACAAAAGAAGAAAGUCCGAAAACGCCGGAGGCGGAUGAGAAAAAUGAGUGGGUGGAAGUAAAUUUAAACAAAAAGAAAAAAAACAACAAAACUAAGGUUCCGUCAUCGAUCAAGGGUACAUCGAAAACAAUCGUCGAUAAAAUUGACGUCACAAAUCCUCUUAAAGAAAUUUCUGUUUCAUUAACAUAAUUUUUUCUUCUCACUACCAAGCAAAUGCUUUCUCAUAGAUAAAUACAUAAAUAUCUCUUGAUUCGUACUAAAAUAUUUAUACGUAUUUUUGAAAUGUUUAUAGAAAAGAAAAUUGUGAUUUUCAUUAUAAAUAAAGAAAUGCGACAAGAGAAACGAAAAA